AUGGAGGAGGACCCGGGCGAGCGGACGCCGGCCCUUGGCGGCUCCGGUGGGCCUGCCGUUAGGGCCCAUUCCUCCUCACCCAGACGGGUGCCACUCUUCGAACGGGCUUCUGCCCGCUGGUGGAAUCCACAGUUUCGUUCGCCAUCGCUCGAAGCACAAUAUUGGAAAUGCUCGUUUCCACAGCUCAGGGAUCGCUUCCGCUCUGGCCUUGUGUACAUCUCAUUUGUAUGCGUUGCAUGGACAAUUUAUCUGGCAAUUUUCGACAAGGCGGGCUUUCAGCACUGGCUCACAGCUGCCGCUUUGAUCAUGGUGUGUCUGGCAAUGCUCUCUUUUACGCUCUGUUCAUCUCAGUAUCAGCGAUUCUACAUGCCGACGUCAUUUCUCUGUACUUUUCUCAUCUGUCUAGUCACUCUACUAAUAUUCUCGUCCGAUUCCAAGUCAGCGUUUAUGACGCCUGUUGCCAGUCUCGCCACAAGUUUCCAGGUAGUUUCGCCAAUUGACUACAACUUUAGUUUGCCCUCUUCCUGA